GCUAACCUCAUAGACAGACAAACACUCUUUUGAGACAGUGUAUCAUGCCUCAAGCCUUUCCUUUCUAUUCUCUUCAUCUAAUUUCUAACACAAAGUAUAACUUUAUAAUGCUCCAUGUCAUUAGCACGUUUCCUAAGUUCCAUAGAAGUGCCAAGUGAUAUUUUUAAAGUUACUUUUCUACUUCCCCCUAAACUAGAUCUGCUUUGUCAAUCCUCCGUUGAAGAAGCUCCAUGUAAUGGAGCUUCCCUUCUGGAAAAACUUCAUUACAUCUCAAAAAACCCAAAGAAUACUCAUACUAAUUAUAGCUUUAACAUUAACCAUUUUUCAUUUUUACCACCCUUCUUAUGUCACAAAUAUAUUAAUCCCUUAUCAAGUCCAUGAGAAAUAUUGUGAUAUUUUUAGAGGAGAGUGGGUUCCGAAUCCGAAUGGUCCAUAUUACACCAACAACACAUGUAGGGAGAUCCACGAGCACCAAAAUUGUAUGAAAUAUGGGAGGCCAGAUGCAGAUUUUAUGAAAUGGAGAUGGAAGCCUAAAGGAUGUGAGUUGCCUAUUUUUAACCCGUAUGAGUUCUUGGAUAUGAUGAGGAACAAGUCAUUGGCAUUCGUUGGAGACUCAGUUGGAAGAAACCAAAUGCAAUCCUUGAUAUGUUUCUUGUCUCAGGUAGAACAUCCACUGGAUAUCUCUACCACUCCUGAUUCCAAUUUCAAAAGGUGGAAAUACACAACAUACAAUUUUACCCUCGCAACAUAUUGGUCACCAUUCUUGGUCAGAAUGGAAGAAGCAGAUUCUGAUGGUCCAAGGCAUGAUGGAGUCUUCAACAUUUAUCUUGAUGAAUUUGACAAAAAUUGGACAUGUCAAAUCAAUGAGUUCAAUUAUGUCAUCCUUAACUCUGGCCAUUGGUUUAGUAGAUUGAGUGUCUACUAUGAGAAAAAUCAACAAGUUGGUUGCUGGCGUUGUGGACUAAAAAAUAUUACUCAACUCCCAAAUCAUUAUGGGUACAAAAGGGUAUUUAAAACAGCAUUAAAAGCCAUAAAUAGUCUAGAAAAUUUUAAGGGUACAACUUUUGUUAGGACAUUUGCACCUUCACAUUUUGAAGGUGGAGAAUGGAAUACAGGUGGGAAAUGCUUGAGGAAAAGGCCAUUUACUAGUAAUGAAAAAACUUUGGAGGGUUUAGAUUUGGAGUUUUACAAGUCUCAAGUGGAAGAGUUUAGGGAAGCAGAAAAAGAAGGGAAGAAAAGGUUUAGAUUGAUGGAUAUAACACAAGCCAUGUUGUUGAGACCAGAUGGUCAUCCAAGUAGAUAUGGGCAUUGGCCAAAUGAGAAAGUAGUUAUGUAUAAUGACUGUGUGCAUUGGUGUUUGCCUGGUCCUAUUGAUUCUUGGAAUGAUUUCUUACUUUAUAUGUUGAAGAUAGAGCAGGAGAUACUUUAAUUUGAGUAAAAAGGUUUGAUGGGGUGAGUGACAUGUCAUAAUUUGAUACAAGAAAUUUGAUCAUCCAAUUAUUUGUAUCUUUUGAGUAAUUCACAUGCACAUAGUUCAGUUAUUUUAAUAUAACAAAAAGUAGUCUU